AUGAGCGCCCGUGAUGAACUGAUAGGGAGGCUUAAGGUGGCGCUGGCUGAGAUUCAGCAGCGCGAUUCCUACUCCUCUAAUGCCUCGCUUGACAGUGAGCUUCUUGGGGUGGUUGCCGAUUACAUUGAGCAGGGUAUGGAAAGGGAGACGGCUUUGCAGCGUUUGCGUGGGGCUCUGCUGCGGUCAGAGGCAGCGUUAGGAGGAGGGUUUGCCCCCGCGGUGGAAGAAGGCGGGGAUGAAGGACCGAGAGAGGCAGCGUCCUUGGGAGUGUCCGCUGAGGAGAUGGGACGACGGCGUGCCGAGCGCCUUCUUGCACAGGCGCUUACUUUGCGCUUUCGUUAA